AUGUCACAAGUAAUAAAUGUAUCCACAAAUAUCUCAAAUUCAUUAUUAUUAAAAAGUAAUGAAUUAUCCUUGAAAUUACAACAAUCUUAUUCAAAUGCAAUUGAAGAAAUUGCUCUCGAAAUGAAUGUUGAGUUUAUUAACUUCAACGAAUUUGCCAACGUUAGCGAAAUAAAAAGUGAUUUAUAUGGUGAUAAUGUGAGAAAAGCCGUAUGGAAAGAAAAAUUAUGUCCCGUUUUCUUAAAAUCCGUCCCCGGAUAUAGUAUUGAAGACCACCAUAAAAAAUUGAUUGAAGAGAUUCGACGUGCGUCACUGAAUCAGAACUGUGAAAAUAUAAUACAAUUACUCGGAGUAUCCGAAGAUCCAUCAGAUAAAAGCGCCAUACUUGUAAUACAACAUCCUAACGAUGGUACUCUAAGAGAAUAUUUGGCUCGGCACCCAAAUUUAGAAUGGUUCAAAAAGUUGAAUUUAGCUAAAGACAUCGCUCAAGGAAUCAGACAUUUACAUCGAUCAGGAUUUGUUCAUGGAGAUUUGCAUGCACAAAGUGUUUUUAUUGACGACGGCAAAGCGGUUAUCAGAGACCCGGGAUUAUUCGUUAUGGGAGACAUGAAACAUAAACCUGACCAACGUUCAGACAUUUAUAGCUUAGGCGUAAUCUUGUGGGAGAUAUCUAGUUGUAAACCACCAUUUGGCAAAUCUGGAAGCCAAGUUAUACUUACAAUGGCCAUAAUGGUCAGAAAAACCCGCGAACAACCCGUCCCAAACACUUCUGAAGAAUAUAUACAGUUAUAUCAACAAUGUUGGGAUCAUGAACCCAACUUGAGACCGAAUAUUGAACAAAUUUGUGAUCAAUUAGAUGGUAUCCCAUACGAUGAUCCCGUUAAAGUUGGAAAUAGCGUGAUUAUUGCUGAUAUAAGAGCGUCAUCUGAAGAAUCAAGGAAAUCUCAUGAUUACCUACACCAAAUUUCUUCACAAAAUUCACAAGAUUCACAAGACGAAGUAAAUCAAGAUUCAAUGGCCGAAAAACCAUUACCAUUACAAGUUCCGAUAUCCAAAUAUCAAGACGCUAAUUUAAGCGAACCAAUAUCUCCGGAUACAAUAGCUAGAAUGGAUAAAGAAUACGAAGAGUUCAAAAAACAAAAAGGAUUUAAGAAAUUUAAAUCAAAAAUCUCAAAAAUAUUUAAGAAAAUGUCGUGUUUUUCGUAA